CCGACUUCACCCUCAACCUCCGCCAUCCCCUCCGCCGUCCUCGACGACCUCGACAUUCCUCACGACUUCAACGCACGUCGGCGAGGCCAAGCCCUCCGCGGAGGUUGAUUGAUACCGUACAACCAUCGAGGGUGAGGGUGAUAACAACGACCAGCGUCCGCGAGCGACGGCGAUAUCCCACACCCCUCCUCUUGUCUCCUCCAGCUUGUCGUUAGGUCGAGGGUUGGGUCUUUUUGUCGAGUCCCGUUUUUGACCUGAUUGGGCCUGAGAAGGCUUCGGAAUGACCUGUGCCUCAUGCUGGACUCCUGAUCACCGCCCCCACGUCGUUGUUGUCGUCCGCACAAUUGAUCGCUCACAUCCUUUUCUGAUCUCCCCCAGGUUUUUACCCCGCCCGCCCUGACUCACCACCACCACCAGCGACAUCAGGACCGCCUCUUCGAGCCAGAUAGGCGAACGUCGACGAUAAUACACCCGUAUACCCGUACUAGGCAGCUCGCAGCCGCAGCCGCCUGAGCAUCAUCAAUCGCUCGGACUCAUCCUCAGUCCGCAUCCGCAUCCUCAAUUUCGACGUACAUCCACCUCAAAGUCACCCACGACGUAUCCCAUUCCCCAGUUCUACCCGCCCUCCAAUCCUCCUCCCUCCAUGAUGGACCCCUAUGGCGCCCCCGCCGGCGCAGGCGGGACCGACUCUCCGCCCCUCCGCCAGCCCACCAGCACGGGCGGUAUCCUUGGCUCAUUCCUCGGUCGCUCCAGGCGGCACUCCAACUCUCACCUUAACCCACCGCUCUCGCCAACCGCCGACUCACCGCUGGCAAACGGCUUGCCCCGCCCGCCGUCGCCAAACGCCAAUGGAUCGGGACACCGACGACGCGGAGCCGCGUCACCGAGCGCCGUACAAGCGAGCCAGAGCCAGGGCAUCGGGCUCGCCACUCCGAUCGGCCAGACGCCGUCGAUGGGCGGCGCGCUCUCCGGAAUGCUGGCCCUGCGCCGACGCCGCUCCGCCGGUGCCCUCGCCGCCCAGCAGCAAGCUCAGCAGGCCCAACAAGCCCAACAGCAACAGCAGAUGCCCGCGCCCGCUGCGCACACCUCGACGUCGCGCUCCCCGCGCCGCCCCUCUCCGAACCCGAACCCGAACGCGCCCGUGCACCGUAUCCGGCUCGUGCCGCACCUCGACUCGCGCCGCUCGCUCCGGUUCGACGCCAUCGCGCGCGACGUGCGCGAGGGAGAUCCGCCGCUCCGCAUCGGGCGCUUCACGGAUCGGUCCGGGAUGGGCCUCGCCGCCGCGAACGCGCUCUCGUCCAACAAGCUCGCGUUCAAGUCCAAGGUCGUCUCCCGCGCCCACGCCGAGAUCUGGUGCGAGUCCCCGGGGAAGUUUUACAUCAAAGACACGAAGAGCAGCAGUGGCACGUUCUUGAACCACGUUCGGCUCAGCGCCGCGGGCGCGGAGAGCCAGCGAUACGAGCUUCGCGAUGGGGAUAUUCUGCAGCUCGGGGUGGAUUACCAGGGCGGGGCGGAGGAUAUUUACAAGUGCGUGAAGAUCCGGGUGGAAGUGGGCAGGGAGUGGCAGGCCGCCGCGAACGCGUUCAACACGAACGCGCUGGAGCAGCUCAAGUCGUUGUCGGUCGACCCGGCCAAGGCUGCCGCCUCCGGUGUGCCGAGUAAGAAGACGGCCAAGAUGGGGAUGCCGGAUUGCUGCAUUUGUCUAUUUUCGGUGACGAUCCAGCAGUCGCUCUUCAUCGCGCCGUGCUCGCACGCGUUCCACUACAAGUGCAUCCGCCCGCUGCUCGACGCGCACUACCCGUCGUUUUCGUGCCCGCUGUGCCGGACGUACGCCGAUCUGGAGGCCGACGUGGAGGUGGACAACGACGAAGAUGAGGACGAGUUGGACGCGGACGGCGGAGAGCUCGCUGCUGCCACGGGCGCGCUGAGCCGGAUCGGUACCCGGGACAGAGAGGACAACGCGUACCCGGAGACGGACAUCGAGCCCGAUACGGGCGCGACUCGGCUCGCUAUCCGACGACGCGGAGAGCCGGCGCCGCAGGCGAUCCCAAGCCAGGCCACGGCGAGCGGCGACGCUGGUGCGGACUUGCAGGACCUGGAGAUGGUGGACGGCGAGCGUGGCGCGUCGCCGCUCGGCGUGCUGUCGGAGGAUGAUGAACCUCUGCCGUCCAAUGGGAGCGGGAGCGCCAGCGGAAGCGGGAUCGGUGGGCUUGACGAGUACGCGCAUCUGUAUGCGGGAGGCAGGGGUGGCGAGGCGGACGAGGGCAUAGAGGCACACCUGAUGGCUAUAGAAGGAGAGGGCCGGAGGAGCGCGAGUCCACCUAGCGGGUCGGGAUCUGCUGGUGCAGGAGUGGCGGGGGAAGAUGGGGUGGACGCCGACGGGACCGUCGGCGCCAAGCGGAAGCGGUGAGGAGGGGGAGGCGAGUUCUUGGUUGACUCGUUCAUGUCUGGCUAUCGUUGCGUGAUUUAGAUGAACUUGCGGAUCAUACGGCUCAAGCACAUGGACGAGGUUCUCACUCACCCAUCCUCCGUGAUAUCUCCUCUUUCUUUCAUUUUCUCCCCCAUAUGACAUUCUCGAGUGGUGAUGACAUAUUUCCCGGUACCUUUCUAUCCGCGGCCCUUUCCUCACGUCGUUGGCGGUGCCCCUCGAGGCCAGCGCAGGCAGCGAGAAACCCGCCAGGUCAGGUGUUACAUAUUUGUAUACUACAUGAUGACUGUCUAAUUCGUACCGCACUCGACGGCUCUGGGUUGUUGUUCACGAACUUUUCGGUCGUUGGUUGACCGGUUAUAUAAGGGCGCGCUUUGGCCAAUCUGUCACAGCGCGUACGUCGCACGACGAAUGCACAGCUUUCACCAAUCAAACGAAAACUCCGCGGAACCUGACGACUUUCAUUGGCUUUCUCGCGCGCGCGGGCAGGUGC